AUGAUUGACGUCGUUCUUGGAGCCCAGUGGGGUGACGAAGGCAAGGGUAAAGUUGUGGACAUUUUAUGUAAUGACAUGGAUGUCUGUGCUCGUGCCCAAGGUGGUAACAAUGCUGGGCACACUAUUGUCGUUGGUGACAAGAAGUACGACUUUCACUUGUUGCCGUCAGGCUUGGUAAACCCCAAGUGUGUCAACUUGAUUGGUAACGGUGUCGUCGUUCACGUGCCGUCCUUCUUUGAGGAGCUUGAAAACCUCGAAAAGAAGGGUUUGGACUGUCGUGACCGUUUGUUCUUGCUGUCUAGAGCCCACCUCACCUUUGAAUUCCACAAGAGAACCGAUAAGUUGAAGGAAGCCGAACUUUCGACAAACAAGGUGGCUAUUGGUACCACUGGUAAGGGUAUCGGGCCCACUUACUCGACAAAGGCGUCCAGAUCGGGUCUUAGAGUACACCACUUGGUCAACCCUGACCCCUCUGCUUGGGAAGAAUUCAAGACUCGUUAUUACCGUCUCGUGGAACUGAGAAUGAAGCGUUACGGUGACUUCGAGUACGACGCUGAGGCUGAACUUGCUCAAUACGAGAAGUACCGUGAGCAAUUGCGUCCUUUCGUCGUUGACGGUGUCGCUUUCAUGCACAAUGCCUGGAAGAGUGGCAAGAAAGUUCUUGUUGAAGGUGCUAACGCUCUUUUACUUGAUAUUGACUAUGGUACCUACCCUUACGUGACUUCUUCCAACACUGGGAUUGGUGGGGUGCUUACAGGUUUGGCCGUGCCUCCUGCGUCGAUUGGCAACAUCUAUGGUGUCGUCAAAGCUUACACCACUCGUGUGGGUGCCGGUCCUUUCCCUACUGAACAGCUCAAUGAAAUCGGUGAAACUCUCCAAGAUGUUGGUGCUGAAUUUGGUGUAACCACUGGCAGAAAGAGACGUUGUGGCUGGUUGGACCUUGUCCUUAUGAAAUACUCUUGUUGGAUUAAUGGUUACACUCACCUUAAUAUCACCAAAUUAGAUGUUUUGGAUGGUUUCAAGGAAAUCAAGGUUGCCACGAAAUACCUGAUCGGCGGAAAAGAAUUGGAAUCCUUCCCUGAAGACCUUAACGAAUUGGCGAAGGUUGAAGUUACCUACGAAACUUUCGAAGGAUGGCAACAAGACAUCACGAAGAUCAAGGAUUACAAGGACUUGCCAGAACAAGCUAAAAAGUACCUUAAGUUCAUUGAGGACUAUUUGGAAACUCCAAUCAAGUGGGUUGGUACCGGGCCUGCAAGAGACUCUAUGUUGACUAAGUGA